AUGUCAUCAUCUCCAAGUUCUCGUCGAAGACUCUUAUGUGGUCAUGAGGAUCCUUCCGUCUUGUAUCUUCAGAGACAACACGUCUCUAAUAAUAUAUGGGCGGGAGUUGAAACAGAAGACGUCCGCUGCAGAAGAUAUGAAGGAAUAAUUUGGGAUGUUCCCAUACAUCCCCGUGUAUUGGCAGUAGUAGACGAGAUGGGGUUCGGCGGUAUAUUGAGGUGUGGUCAACCGAAGGACAUUGACCACCAUCUUAUUACCGCCUUGAUUGAACGCCGGAGGCCAGAGACUCACACGUUUCACUUUCCAGUCGGUGAAGCGACAGUGACUUUGGAAGACGUGGAGGUCUUAUGGGGCCUCAAAGUUGACGGGGAUGCUGUGACGGGUUACAUCCCCACUAAAGAUGUCAGCUAUUGGAUACAACUGUCUUUAGAUUAUCUUGGAUUUGUACCGGAUACAGUUGAGCUGAAAGAAAUGGUUUGGAUGCAGACAAGCUUAUCAAAUCAACUGAGGAUUGAGUUGAGUGAUGAACACGACCAGUACAUAUAUGUUCAACGUGCUCGUGUUUAUUGUCUGUUGUUACUUGGUAGUCUGAUGAUCCCGAACGCCUCCGGAAAUAAAAUUCCAUUUUUCUACUUGCAAUUUUUCAUGGAUGUAGAACGAUGUGCUAGCUAUAGCUGGGGUGGUGCGACUGGUGCGACUCUUGCUUGCUUGUACUACAAUUUAUGUGAAGCUGCUCUUGCUAGGAGGAGCGAUGUCGGGGGAGCGUGUACUUUGUUACAGCUGUGGGCUUGGGAGAGAAUCUCAAAUAUAAGACCGAAGAUGCUAAAUCCAGUGCAUAUAGACUACGCACCAUGUGCAGAAUUGGAAGCAAACAUUCUGACUAAACACUGUUUACAUCUUCAGAAUCAUAAGCCAUACUCUCACUGA